GGACGAGGCGUGCAUUUGCUCAUCGCGCAGUCAACUGAGCGAAGUACUUCACCUUUACCUCUGCUUCUCCAUUUUUCUGGUGUAAUAUUUAGACAUGGCCUCGGAAGAACCCAAGAAGGUUAGGAGAAUCCUUCUCCCUAUAGACUCAAGCAAGCACAGCGAAGAUGCUUUCGAGUGGUAUGUAAACAAUAUGCACCAUGAAGAGGAUGAAUUAAUAUUGGUUCAUGUCCUUGACUCUGCAGCUAUUCAGACUAAGGUGUCCUCACAUGGUCUAGUUGAUGAUGAAUUUAAGAAUGAGAUGAAUAAGGGCUUCAAAGAGGUGAAAGCUCUAGAGGAGAAGUAUAAAACCAAGGCAGAGACAGCUUCACUUAGGGCCAAGAUUGAAGUGAGAGGAGGGAAGCCAGGUGAAACAAUUUGUCAAUGCAGCAAAGAUGAACACUGUGACCUGAUCUUAAUGGGUAGUCGUGGGUUAGGGUCCAUCCGCCGCACCAUCUUAGGAAGUGUCAGUGACUAUGUGCUGCACCAUGCACAUGUUCCAACCAUUAUUAUACCUAAAAAAUAGAAGUAUUUGUUAUGGCUGAUCAACCUUUCAAACAUUUAAAGCCAUGUAUUACAUCACAUUCUUACAAACCUAAAAUGCACUGGCCAAAAUUUCUUUAAUGGGUUCCAAAAAAGGCUUGUUAAAUGUUGGAGUAGUUGAGAAGUUAUUUACACUUGGUUAUGAAUUUUACAUUUUAUACAUUUUUGAAUUACUUAUACUGUAUAUGCAAACUGUAAGUGUGUUAGCUGUGCAUUGUGUGAUUAGGAAAAAAGAGAGAUGUACUAGGUGUUGUGCUAUCAAUAAAAUUGGUUCAUUCUUUGA